GAUAGAGGUAGUGAGCAUCAUCGGUGGCCUGAUGACACUGAGCACGACAAUCGCAGUAAACUAGGCUUCAGUUAAAACCAGACAGCCGUUUCAAAGUAGACCCAGAGAGCUUCAGGACAGCCGCCGGGAGACAGCCUGCAUCAUGACUGCAAUGGAGGAGCAGGCAGAGACUGGCUGGAUGACUGAAUAACACGGGUCGCCUUCUGAGGAAUAACGUCGCUACUGAGCCUACAACCGAAGGAGCUGACUCAGCGGUUUAUGCAGCAGGGUUGUGAGAGUGAUUGACCUCCUCAACACUUCUCCAUUAGAGUACUGCAAUAAUACAACAUGCCGCCCCCAGUUGACAUUGUGAAGGUGGCAAUUGAAUGGCCUGGUGCGAAUGCUCAGCUAAUAGAGAUGGACCAGAAAAGAGCUUUGUCCUCAAUAAUAAGGGAAGUUUGUGAUGGCUGGUCUUUAUCAGGCUCAGAGCAGUUUGCUCUGCGUUAUGCUGAUGGCCCUCAGCUUUAUAUCACGGAGCAGAGCCGUAGUGAAAUCAAGAACGGGACGAUCCUUCGAUUAGCUAUUUCACCUGCUCGUGCUGCUCGGCAGCUCCUGGAGAGGAUCCAAUCUCAUGGUAUUGAUGCUCGGCUGGAGGCUCUGAAGGAGCUCGCCAAGCUGUCCGCAGACCCAACCUUUGCAGCAGAGUUCAUCAAUAUGGAGGGCAUAGGGACUCUGGCACGUCUCGUUGAGAGUGGCACCCACUUUGGUGAGAUGCUGGCCUUCACUCUCACUGCCUUUCUGGAGCUCAUGGACCACAGCAUUGUGUCCUGGGACCUUAUCUCCCUCUCCUUCAUCAAACAGAUUGCAGGCUACGUGAACCAACCAAUGGUGGAUGUGUCCAUCCUGCAGCGCUCUCUGGCCAUCUUGGAGAGCAUGGUCCUCAACAGCCACAGCCUCUACCACCGGGUGGCACAGGAGAUCACCGUGGGACAGCUCAUCGGGCACCUGCAAGUGUCAAACCAGGAGAUCCAAACCUACGCCAUCGCGCUCAUCAACGCUCUCUUCCUGAAGGCACCAGAGGACAGACGGCAGGAGGAGUAUACUAACCCGCUGGAGCAGCCCCUCACUGAAAUGGCAAGCACUUUGGCUCAGAAACACCUGCGAUCCAUCAUCCUCAAUCAUGUGAUCAGAGGAAAUCGACCAAUCAAAGCAGAAAUGGCACAUCAGCUGUAUGUGCUGCAGGUAUUGACCUUCAACCUCUUGGAAGAACGGAUGAUGACCAAGAUGGAUCCCAAUGACCAGGCUCAGAGAGACAUAAUUUUCGAACUGCGUAGGAUUGCUUUCGAUGGAGAAAAUGACCCCACUGGCACAGAAAAGAGAAAGGCCAUGUACACCAAGGAUUAUAAGAUGCUGGGGUUCACUAACCAUGUGAAUCCAGCCACGGACUUCACCCAGACUCCUCCGGGAAUGCUAGCUUUGGAUAACAUGCUGUACCUCGCCAAGGUUCACCAGGACACGUACAUCAGGAUUGUGCUGGAGAACAGCAGCCGUGAAGACAAACACGAAUGUCCCUUUGGCCGGUGUGCCAUCGAACUCACUCGAAUGUUGUGUGAGAUUCUUCAGGUUGGAGAAUUACCUAAUGAGGGAUGUAACGACUACCACCCCAUGUUCUUUACUCAUGACCGGGCAUGGGAGGAAUUCUUCUGUGUCUGCAUCCAGCUGCUGAAUAAAACCUGGAAGGAGAUGAGGGCCACAGCGGAGGACUUCAAUAAGGUGAUGCAGGUGGUUCGUGAGCAGAUCACCAGGGCUCUGGCGAUGAAGCCGUCCUCUUUAGACCAGCUGAAGAACAAACUUCGAGGCCUCAACUAUUCAGAGAUCCUGCGUCUGCGGCAGUCAGAGAGAAUGAGUCAGGACGACUUCCAGUCUCCUCCCAUCAUUGAACUGCGGGAGAGAAUACAGCCCGAGAUCUUAGAGCUCAUCAAGCAGCAGCGACUCAACCGCCUGUGUGAGGGUAGCUGUUUCCGGAAGCUGGGGAACCGCCGAAGGCAAGAGAAGUUCUGGUUCUGCAGACUCUCACUCAAUCACAAAGUGCUGCAUUACGGAGACCUGGAUGAGUCACCUCAGGGUGAAGUGCCUUUUGAGCUGCUCAGUGACAAGAUCCCUGUCUCUGACAUCAAGUCUGUGGUGACUGGGAAGGACUGCCCUCAUAUGAAAGAAAAAAGUGCUCUCAAACAAAACAAGGAGGUAUUGGAGUUAGCCUUUUCUGUCCUCUAUGAUCCUGAUGAGACACUCAAUUUUGUUGCCCCAAACAAGUAUGAGUACUGCAUCUGGACUGACGGCCUGUGUGCGCUGCUGGGCAGAGAGAUGGGCAGCGACCUGACGCGUAGUGACUUGGAUACUCUCAUCAGCAUGGAGAUGAAGCUCCGCCUCCUCGACCUUGAGAACAUCACAAUCCCAGAAGCCCCGCCCCCUGUGCCGAAGGAGCCUAGUUCAUAUAACUUCACCUACAACUACAGCUGAGAUGCCUGUGUGUGUGUGUGUGUGUGUGUGUGUGUGUGUGUGUGUGUGUGCAGUGCAUGUGUGUGUUUGUCAAGGAUGAGUAUUCUUUGAUGAGUUAAGCUGCCCUGGAAAAUCCUUUUUUUAACUUUCAGAACCCUGGAGACUUUUCUCCUUCUGUGGUGGUGAUGCUGUAUGGUUUGACAAAUAGGAGAAAUGUGUUUAUAGCUUCACAGGGAGUUUUAGAGGUCAUGGUCCACUACAGAGCAGCGGUCAGGAUUCAAUGAGUGUUUCUCCUUUAUCAGUGCCGUCUCUAGGCAACGUCUACCCAUUUCUAGCUAUUUAAACUUAUAAACUUGUCUGUAAAGUGGAGGAAUACUGUGCCUGAUGGGGGACAUAAAUGAAAGCUGUACAAAUCUGCUAUUUAGUUUUUGUUCAAGUAUUUUUUUUUAUUCCAAUUGAGGUUUAACUGGUCACUCAAACGUGGUGGUUUCCAUGGCAACAGUAGAUGAAUUGGCUACAUAUCCAGUUUGGAAAAUUUGUUGUCUUUGAUUCGGUCUGUUCCUUCAGACAGACUUGCAGUCAAACAACAUGACACAAAGUAGAGUGAGCGGGCCGAGAGUUUGCACAAGUGCGAUUCAGCCGGUGUCGUGAUCAAGGUCGCUUCAUUUGGAGGGAUAGUUGAUGUCAGCGGGGUUCGAACAUAACUCCUUAAUCAGUACACCAUCCACCACCCCAUCUAGAUCAGUUCAGUGUUCAAAAAUAAAUGUUCGGAAAUUCAGAAUUGGAGAGAGCAGGAAACAUAAAGACUCAACUUGUUUAAGGCCGAAGCAGAAGAGCUCUGAUGAUAAUGUCAGUGUGUUAUAACUUGUUUCUCAUACUGAGACAUGAAUUCAUGAUUUGUUUGAUCUAUCACAUAACAUGAAUAAUGGAAAUUACAAAUCAUAAUUCCCCAGAAGUAAUCUUCUCAAGUUAUUAUUCCGUCUGUCUGUUUUGCAAACUCAAAGCAAUUUUGUUUUCUAUUAUAAAAGUCAAAGAAAGACCAGCAGAUACCAAUAUUUGAGAAGAUAGAACCAGUAAAUGAAGGUGUUCUUUCUCUUUCUUAGAGAAAGCUUUCGUAGACAAUGAAGUGUUUGCUCUUUUUGCUGACUUAAGGCCUGUCUGGCAACUUAUCAAUUAUAACUCUACUUGUUAGCAGAUGCACAAAAGUUGUGCUGUCAGCUUGUAUCUUUUCUUGACAUUCAUGCUGCUUUAAAUCACUUAUCUCCUCAGACUACAAACAUUUUAUAGUUUGUAAAACAGUGAGAAAAAGUGGGUAAACUUAUCUCAUCGAGUUGAAACUGUUCUGGCGUAAAGAGUGUACGUUUGUGUGUACACAUUUUUGGGAUUUAGUGUUAAUUGUUUAUGUUAAGAGAUAUUUCGUGGGUGUGAUGCUGGGCUUAAGCUCUCACAUCCAACACAUUUAAAAACAUGAAUGACCUUUUUUUAUUCAUGGUCACUGCAUUGCCUUAUCACUCAAAGUCGUUAUAUAUAUUUAGUAACAUUAGCAUUUAUAAGGUAGUACAUGAAUUAUACUUUAAUGUGUGUUGAAAAGAUUUGUGUUAUUGUGACUUCCCCACAGAAGCAUUCAUACAUGGCGUAUAAACAGUUCAUGAAUGUUUGAUAACAGCAGUUCACUUGAAAUAAUAUAUAAUCAGUUUUUUUAGGAGUUAAAAUAGUUUUACUGUGUAUUAGCUUACAGUUUUACAAUCGUACAGUGUGUUAUAAAUAAUUAAGGGCCGUUUAAUAUGAACUUUUUACAUUUGGAGCAAGAUUAAAACUAUUUCUAGAUGUAUUUAAAACCACUGAAAAUAUGAAUGGGUAUGAUUACAACAAAAUGUUCUGCUGUGUUAUCAAACAUGACUAACUGUUAAUACAACAGUUUUAAAUGCCUUAUAUGAACAGUGACAGGUGUUAACGAAAACAUAUAUUAGCUAUUUCUUUUUUUUUGGUAGCGCAAACUAAAUCCAAAAAUUGUUUGAGGCCCCUCUUAAAGGUCACCUAUUAUGCUAAAUCCACUUUUUCAUGUCUUUAAACAUAAAUGUGUGUCCCCUCUGUGGAAAGAGAUUCAGAAAGUUUCAGGAAAGAAGAUUCUCUCUUCUUUUUGUCAUGAUCCAUCUAUCUAAAAUUAGCUGAUCAGAUUUUGGCCACUUUGUGAUGUCACAAUGUUUCUUGGGUUGUGUAAACAUUAGCCAAUAACCAAACAAGGUAACACCCGCCCACCUCAUCACCUGAACAUCCUCCUUUUCAAACCAAAGGGCUUGCAGAAAGGCGUGGGGGGGGGCAGCUCAUUUGCAUUUAAAACUACAGACACAGAAUCAGCACUUUUGGAACAUGGCCGAAACAAAAGGGUUAAUGGCAUGUUACAAUGCAUGAUCUGUACUUCAGAGACAUGUUUUGUAUAUAUCUGACGCCUAUAGUAUAUUGUUGAGAAAGAGUAUAAUAGGGGACCUUUAAGUUUCGAUCAAUCAGCCGUUUAAGGCUUGAUUUUUUAAUUUGUUUUUAUUCAUACUGCAUAAAUGAAUGCGAGCAGGUCAAAAACAGUUGAGUGUCAUGUGUGAGAGCAACUGGAACAUGUAGUUCAGCUCAUGUGACAUGACCAGAAAGUAGUUGUGCUCUGUAUACAGUAAAGUGAUAUACAUUAUAGUGCUAUUGUUUGAUGUUGUUUUACCAGAGCGUCAUUGUUUUGGGUAUUUAAUUCAUGUCACUGUCAAUUAUCAAAUGUACUAAUCACUACUGUCACUUGUUAAUGCAGAAUAGAUUUAUAUUUUUGUAAAUGAUUGUACAAUCUUAACAGCUGUGAAGGGAAAGGGUAUCCAGCUAACAACGUUUUCCCUUUGUGUCGCUCUGUACAGUACAUUCAACACGCUCAUUACUGUGGAAGGACAUCUCACACUGGAAAACGUUUUUGAUCUUCACAAUUUUUUCACAACCACGUUUUCAUACUACAAGCACCUCAUAUUCUUAGGAAGGACACCCACUCCAGCACCUAAUGAUGAUGUCAGUGUUAAUGUAUCUUAUAAUGCUUAUGGAAAUAAUGAAAAUUGCCGUUACUGUUGAUGUUUGUGAAAAGGAAUAUAUUUGAAAUUAGCUUUUUUUCUGAUAAUGUUUUUGCUGUUUGAAUUUUUAACUGAUGUUGAAGGUAAAAAAGGAUCCCUGUGGAGUUUUUAGACUUUGAAUUGUUCCUUGGAGCUGUUUUCUGUGUGUUGCAGCCUGCUUUUUUAAAACUUUUGCACACAUACAAGGACACACAUGCAGUACACUUUCCAGCUAAUGGUUUUAUAAUAAUAUACUGAUCAACAGGUGGUGGUAAAUCACCAAGAAAUACAGCAAUGCGCCAGAAAAGGAAGUAGUGUAAAGAAAGAGUGCAAGCUAUUAAAACACUACUGGAUUUACAAUACUUAUAAAACCAAUUUAGUACUGUGACCCGAUUGUAUGAUUUUGGCUAUACACAUUUAUGUAAGCUACAUUGCGUUUAAACAUAACUUUUGUUUGUUUACUAGAAACACUCCACAGGGCCUCCUUUUUACUGCCUAAAAAAAAGGUUAUUUAUAAUUCAGUAAGUCAUUUAACUACUGCUAAAAUGUAUCAAUAACCACAAAAUACCGAAGUAAGUGAAGGAACAGUAUGACUUGAAGUUUACGCAUCUGGUACUCUUUUACAUGACUUGCUAAACUAUUUAUUUACACUUGCUAGUGAUAGUAAAGAAUGACGUGUUGUUAGAUAAGAAAUAACAACAUAAAAUCUAAAUAUGGUAUACAUAUAGAUCAUUGAUGUACUGUGUUGCCUUAUUAAAGAAAUGUAUUAUGUUUUGUGUGAAUAAAUACAGAGUCUAACUACUGUU